AUGCUGUCCAUUGAGGAAAUACUAGCUCUCGCUGAGCCCAACGCUGAGUUCACAGAGCUUCAACGGGCCAGCCCAAUCAAGGUCGGCGCAUGGAACAAGAAUACGGACCUCAAACAGAUCCGAGGCAUCAUGGCCAAGGUCCUCGAGGCCAAACUCGCGGCCAAACCCGACCCAUCUACCCUGCCCUACGUCGAAGAAGACGUCCGCAUCACCGUGAGAGAUAGGACAGCGAUUGCCGUUCGCAUCCACAAACCCAGAGCCGUCGCCAAUGAUGGCUGUCCUGUUCUUGUAGCGUUCCACGGUGGCGGGUUCGUCAUUGGCGAUCUGGAGGGCGUGGGUCCCCUCUGCCAGCUCUUUACAACACUCGGUGGCAUUGCAGUGAACGUGGACUAUCGUUUGGCUCCAGAGCACCCCUUUCCUAUCCCCGUGCAGGAUUGCUUCGAUGCUGUGAAAUGGACCGUCGAUAACGCGAAAAACCUUGGAAUUAAUUUAUCGAAAGGCAUUCUCGUCGGCGGCGAGAGUGCAGGCGCGGACUUGGCGUUGGGUGUAACCCGCCUUUGGAUCGACGAGAAACAGACGCCAGAGCUGACGGGCAUAUUCUCGUCCAUCUCCGGAGCCGUCACCGAAGACACCGUUCCCGAAACGUACCGAGAUCGUUUCUUGAGUCUGAAGCAGAAUGCUAGUGCCCCAGUCGUGACCGCAGACUCGAUCGAGUUUAUCAGAGCAAUGUACAAGCCGGACCCGAGAAGCCCGGUGGCGUACCCUGUCAUCUCGCCGGACCUGACUGGCAUCCCUAGAACGUACUUCCAGGCUUGUGGGCUGGAUCCCGUGCGAGACUGCACGCUUGUCAUGGAGCAGGUUUGGAAGGAUGCGGGAAUACCAACCAAACUGGAUGUCUAUCCUGGUCUACCUCAUGGAUUUUGGGCACUGUUUCCUCAAGCAGACUUCAGCAAGAAACACCAAAGAGAUCAAAAGGCUGGUCUGGAGUGGUUGUUACACAAGGACUCGGCAUAG